AUGGCGGAUCCGGUAGACAUCGAUGGUUGGAGCAUGGGCCUCCGCUUGGGCGAUCCCUUACUCAGGUUCGAUGCAAUUCUGGCCACUACAUCGCUUGGUGUCAGUGACUUGCGACAGCACCCAUCACUGCAAGCUGUGGCGAAGAACCUCUCCAUCUUUUGGCUGCCGAUUCACCACUCCAAUUUUCAUGACCUGCGCUCACGCGAUCCCACAGCAGAGGUGCACGUCGUCGGAACGCACACGGUCCACCGAGACCCACCGCUCUAUGCCCAGCUGCAGCGAACGGUGCGGGAGGUGACUGCUGGCAAGGCUCGCUUCGUCCAUCUGAACCCUGCAAAGUCCUUUGCAGCCACAGAGGGUCGCAUCAUCACGCCUCGGCAGAUAGACGAUCUCUAUCAGGAGAUUUCAUCCUUGGACGUGGCGAUCUGCAAGAUGUCGGGGUGCCAGAGCAAUUGGUGGUUCUGCAGCCGUUGGCGCACCGGACAGCGAUUGGUGAACCUUCUGAGCCUCGGCAUUCCGACCGUUGUGUGGGGCGAUGCACGCGGCAAUAUGGACGUUUUGGAAGGAAGGUGGCCACCCAGCGACCUUUUCGGUGACGGUAGUGAGUUUGGUGUCCUGGCACGCUGCCGCUGCAGUAUCCACCUGAGCUUGUCAUACGCGGAGACGGAGAUGCGCCGCAUCCUCAUUCGGCCUCGGAGCAGUCAGGAGCAGAUUUCGUGCGAGCUUCAGUUGGGCCUCGGGGUGUCAACGCCAGAGAUCUGCGAAAGACAUAGGCUCGGAGCCUUGCGCCUGGUCCUGCAGAACGCGACGCUGCGGGCCCUGGCCAGGGAGCAAGGUCCUCGCGUGCAUUUCGCGGGUUUCAGAGCUGGGAUCCGAGAGAAAACCUUGACCUUAAGUUCUUUGCCUUCCGUUGCAGCCUUGGGUCACAAGUCCUUCACGCGCUGUUGGACAGGCUUGCAGCUGGCCAAGCGCUUCACUUUGCAGAAGAUCUCAUCCCGCAUCGUGCUCAGAUUGGGGCUAUUGCUCUUCUUGUUGUUGCGUAAAAAGCCGUCAGAGCAAAGAAGCGCGUGGAGUAUCCAUUGA